AUGACUCGCGGUAGAAUACCUCGGAACCCAGAAGGAGGCAUCAAUCAAGAGAAUCUGAAUCCCCCAAUGGAUAGAGGAUUAGCUGAAGCUGUAUGUCUGCUGGCCGACGUGCUUAGACAACAACAACAGCAGCAAGCGCACGUACCCAGACCCGAAGUCAGGGGUUGUCCGUAUGAGAAGUUAUUGAUCCACCGCUGUCCAAACGUUUCUGGUAGUGAAGAGCCGUUGAAAGCCGAGAAAUGGAUUAUGGAUCUCGAAAGGACAUUUGAGAUAUGUGGUUGUACUGAGGACCAGAAGCUCCUAGUUAGGGAACUAGGAAGUCUCGCUGCACUGUCAUGGGAGAGAUUUAAGGAAGAGUCCGACAAUAGAUUCUUCCCGGAUUCUGCCAAACAGCCGAAGGCACAGGAGUUCGCGAGUUUAACUCAAGGCAGUCUGACCGUAGAACAAUAUGCUGCUAAGUUCAUGGCAUUAGGAAGGUUUGCACCACACUUGAUUGCUACUCAAAGGAUGCAGGCACAGAAGUUUCAAGCAGGACUUUAA